GCGAAACUCGGGGAACACUUUAGCACGUGAUCCACCGAGAAAUAAAUUCGCAAUGAGUCAAACUCAAAGGUUUUCUACUAAAUUAUUUCAUAAAUUAUUUCAUAAACCUACAAGUCUUAAAGUUGUUAUUAAUUCCAUCAGAUAAGCUCUCAGGAAGUUAUUGGCAUUGAAGAACUUGUGCUAUCAUAUUGCUCAUAUUUCUUCGUGCCAAGCAAGGCCAUUAAGAGGAACAUAGAAAAAAGGUUGCAUCGUGGCCGAUGACGACAGCGGCAGCAACCCCGGCAGCGGGGUCUUGUCGGCCGUGCAACCGGUGCAAAGAACAUGAAGGCACCAUAGAUCUCCGAGGCGCCGAAAGGGUGUGCCAAACCUGCUUCGCCUACUACGUCUCCAGCAAAGCGAUCAAGCGCCUGGAGGUGCUGCAGCGGAAGGAGGCGACGGCGGGGUCACAGCAGCAGCGCGGGUCCCAGGGCCGCGACAGAAGGCCGCAGCGGUACCUCGUCGCGCUGUCGCGCGGCCCUUCGUCUACGGCCCUGCUGCACGUGCUGACGGAGAACGUGCGCCAGCAGCGCGCGCGCGGGAUGACGGUUGCGAGGUUCGAGUAUGUUGCUGUGCAUGUUGUUGUCGAUGAGGGGGAAAUGGAAAGGGAGAAAGAGAAGGAGGAAGGGGAAAAGGAGGAUAUCCUAUCGCCCUACCGCGCCCACUUCCCCGAAGCAGAACUCCUCACCGUGCCCCUGAGCUCGGCGCUGCAGCUUUCCUCCGUCGACUGGACGACGCUCCCACCGCGAGAUGACUCACUGCCCCCGGCGCAGCAGCUCCAGGACAUCCUGCGCCGCCUACCCUCAGCAACAUCGCGCGCCGAUAUCCAGAGGCUAUUGGUGCGCCACGUGCUCGUCGCGGCGGCGGCGGAGCAGCGGUGCGAUGCGUUAUUGCUGGGCCAUAGCACGACGUCGCUGGCGGAGCUGACGCUGAGCGAGACGGCGAAGGGGAGGGGGUUCUCGCUGCCGGGGCUGGUGAAUGACGGUGUCGUGCCUGUUACCGUACCCGUACCCGUUCCCGAUAGCAAAAAUGGUGAUAGCGAUAGCGGCUCUCCCCACUCCCCUGCCACCAAUACAACAAGAACCCUCCCCAUCUACAGCCCCCUCCGCGAGCUCUUCCGCAAAGAACUACUCACCUACCUCUCCCUCGCCGACCCCCCACUACCCCCUCCCCUCUUCGCCUCUAGCAGCGGUGGCAACAGCGGUAAGAUCGGCGGCGCGGUAAUCUCCCACCGCGACCUAAGCAUCGACGACGUGCUGGCGCGCUACUUCGCCGACGUCGAGACCAGCUACCCGUCCGUCGUCGCGAAUGUCGUGCGCACGACGGGGAAGCUGUCGCGGCGGCCCGACGGCGCACCUGCUUCUUCUUCUUCUUCCUUGCCAACCCCGCCGGCAUCGGUAGCUGCGGGAGGGAAUGGGAAAGAGGAGAAGGGAGGAGGAGAAGGUAGACGAUGUUGUGGUCUCUGCGCCGCGGCGCUGGACGAGCAGGGCGAUGAGCGGUGGAGGGGGGAGAUUGGGGGUGGUGUGGAAGAGGAAGAGGAAGAGGAAGAGGAAGACGCAGUGGAGGAGAAUGGGGAGGGCGAGGACAAUAAAACUAUAAAGAAGAGGAGGAAGAGGCUUUGCUACGGGUGUGAGAGGUCGGUUCGUGGGUAGGGAGAAGGCGUUGAUGAUGAUGAUGAUGAUGAUGGGGAGGAAGGAAUAAAUAAAUAAAUGAAUAAAAAGGGGGAGAAGAUCUAACUACAAAUCUCG